UUAGUCCUCUCUCUGGUCUUUGUCUUGCUAUACUUUCUGUUCCGCUUUUUUGGCUUUUUUGGCUUUUUGGCAAUAUCAUCACCUACUUAUUCUCUCCAAACUUCCUUAAUAUAAUGGCAACAAGUUCUAGCUCCUCAUGGACGCAUAAGCAAAACAAAAAAUUUGAGGAUGCUCUGGCUUUAUACCACGAGGACACGCCAGAGCGGUGGCAAAAGGUGGCCAGGGCUGUAGGUGGAAAAACGGCUGAGGAAGUAAAAUGUCAUUAUGAUAUAUUGGUGCAAGAUCUCAUGCAUAUAGAAUCUGGAAAGGUCCCUCUUCCCAACUACAAGCCCGCUGUAUCCAAUGGUGAUCAUGAGCAGAGGCUCAUGAAGAAUCUAAAGCUCCAAUAAGGCAAGGUACUACAGAUCAUGGUCUAAAUAAGAGCUGCAGAAGCGCUGUUCUCGAUGAUUACAAGAAUAUGGCUUGGUGUCAGUGUUUCUCUAUUUUCCCACCCCUGUUUGUCCUUUCUAGCAUGUAAAACUAAACUAUUGUAAGUUGUAACGUAACCUGUUUGUUCUUGUACUCGAUUAUUCUGCUUUUAAGUGUACUUUUAUGAUUA